AUGGCGUCUCUCGGCAACCACAGCGGGCGGCCUGUGUCGAUGGAUUCCUCUUCAACAGAAGGUCACAAUGAGAAGGAGAUGGAGAAAAUUUCCAGCUUUGACGGCACAGACAAUGAUCGCACGUCGCAACAUACCGCUGUGGAAGAGGGCAACAUGGAGCACAGCAAUGAGGACGAAGAGCUGCUGAAGAAGGAUGCAGACCAUACUAAGACAAGUCUCUCCGCCCAGAGCAGCUUUGGAUGGGCCCUAUUCUGGAUCGUGGUCAACACCUUGGCCACGAUAGGCAUUGUCUUCACGAAUAAGGCCAUCUUCUCGGACCCGUCACUGAAGCUGGCGCAAUUAACCUUUGCCGCCUUCCACUUCUUCAUGACCUGGUUGCUCCUCUUUACGCUAUCGCGACCUCGAUUCGCCUACUUCAUUCCGCGAAGAACCACGAUACGGGAGAUCAUCCCCCUCUCUGUGGCCAUGUCGCUCAACGUGAUCCUGCCGAACCUGUCCUUGGCAUUCUCCUCUGUCACCUUCUAUCAGGUCGCACGCAUUCUACUCACGCCUACUGUUGCGACUAUGGACUUCGUGCUGUACAAGGCAUCGCUGCCGCAAAAUGCUAUCUUGGCCCUCGUCCCCGCGUGUCUGGGAGUUGGUAUGGUUUCAUACUACGACUCGCUGCCGACGGCCGACUCAAAUGUUAAAACCACUUCCAGCCUGGGUGUGAUAUUCGCCUUUUCUGGUAUUUUUGCUUCCUCACUGUACACGGUAUGGAUCAAGAGCUACCAACGAAAGCUCCAGGUAUCCAGCAUGCAGCUGCUUUUCAACCAGGCACCCGUUUCCGCCUUUCUGUUGCUGUAUGCCAUUCCCUUCAUUGACACGUUUCCCCCGUGGACAGAGGUGCCGGUCAACCGAUGGCUGAUGAUACUGAUGUCUGGCAUGUUUGCGGCCUUGAUCAACUUGUCCCAAUUUUUCAUCAUUGGUCAGACCGGGCCCGUUUCGAGCACUGUGGUGGGCCAUUUGAAGACUUGUCUCAUUGUCGCACUUGGGUGGAUUACGUCGGGAAGAUCAGUCGGAGACAAGUCCAUCUUUGGUGUUUUCAUUGCAGUUGGCGGCAUUAUCUCAUAUUCAGUCGUCAUGCUUCGCCAGGUGGCCCAAGGAUCCAAGUGA